CAGAACCAGAUAAAGUGGAGCAGUUUGUUUAGUUAAAGAGAGAAAAUAAUAAACAGAUCAUGCCAGGAAGACAGCAGGAUCUGGACAGCCUCUUCUCUUUGCUUCCCCUCCCCUCCUCCUCCUCCUCUGUUAUAUAACUCCACACUGGCAGGAGGGUCAUUUCCCUGCAUGCACUCUUUGACAGAAGUGGUCUCCGCUUUCCUUUUCUCUAGCAUCUGUGUUUUACGGCACACUAUAAUGAGGAUCGUCAUUGUUCUGGCUGUGUUAACUGCGGUAACUGGGAGCCCCAGCGUUACGAUCAGACCCGAAGCUGACUCGACAGAUGUGUCAGCUCAUCCCAACAGCGUCCCACGGACGGUGAAGGGAUCUAAGAUCUUUGGAGAGCAAGAGGUGAUUUUUGAGGAGGAGGAUCUAGAAGAAGUGAUGGAGACUGGAGAACUGAACCCCGAUCACUAUCCUGCUCAGAGGGCAGCCAAGGUGGUCCAACACUACCUCAACAGCCGCUGUGGCUCACCGUACAAGCUGUUCAUGCUGAACAGGGUCCACAGUGGGAACGCAGAGGAUGUGGCGAACUCUGGAAGAAAGUAUCAGCUGGAGAUCUCAGUGCAGGAGAUGAUUGGGAAUACUACAGAGAAAUGCUUGGCAGAGGUUUUGUUCCCGAGAGGAAAACAGCAGGGUUCACCUCACGUCCAGGCUUCAUAUGAGAAGCUCUUAAAAAUCAACACUACAGCUCAGGAAGAGGCCUUAUACCAGCAGUACAAGAUGAAACACAGCCUGCUGUCGGCGCAAAAUCUACCCGAUAGCUACGGUCAUAUUGAACCUGACAUGAAGCCUCUCUGGCAUCUGGGAGCUGUGGCCUCCAGCUUCGUCAUGCUGAGUGAAUCCACUGAAGACACUCUGUACAACAUGGCUCAGGUGGCCAACGUCACGCAGCUGGCAACUGAGAACGACCAGCUGAAGUUCGACUAUCACGUACUGCUGCAUGAUAUGGUGUCUCAGGACAUCAUUCCCUGGAAACUGCUGAUCUCCUGGUCUCCUCCAGAGGGAGUCAAAGUGCUGCAGAUGACAAAGCUGCCCCAAUGCCAUGAUUGUGAAAAACCUCCAAUCACAAACUAAACUGCCGACAGUCAUCACACAUUAUUAUAGCCUCAACAUUAUCUUGGUGUGCACAUCUUGUAUUCAGAUAUUGGAGCAUUAAUGUGUUUAUAGUCUUUAUUUGCUGUUGAUGCUUGCAGCACUCACCUUUGAACUACAGCGAGGUGAAGUUUAUACUAUUAAAAAACCAAAUGAAUCCAUCAUACGUAAUGAUGAUGUCCUUACAUUGUGCUACUUUUGUAGUACUUUUGGUUGUUAGCGUCUUUUAGUCUAAAUAAACUGUUUAUACAGAGUACUUCCUCA